AGUCCUCUCUUUCAUUCAUCCUUGAAACACUGUGCCACAAAUGACACAUUUGUGUAAGAACGGUUUGUAAUCUGAGAGUCCUAUGCCAUUUAACCUUUUUAAUAACUGUUUAUGUCAUGUGUUACUGCUGUGUAUUGUUUCUUUGUGGAUAAAUGUUAAUUCUACCAGUAACUUUUUGAACCUAUUUGACCUUAUUACCAUACAUGGAUAGCAAUAAUUCACUUGUUAGUACUGUAUCCAUCAUGCAAAGUUUUAAUUUUAAGAUUAUUUUAGUUCAGGUUUUAGUAGCAGUUUUCCUUUGCAUCAACUUCAUGCUGAUCACAACUUUUUUUAUGAAGGAGUUCUUCUACACAACUAUGCGCUACAUCUUAUUUGCUGUUACUCUGCUGUCUGAUUGUGUGAUGUUGAUUGUCACAAAUCUCCUGCUCAUCUGCAACUAUUUUAACUUCACCAUGAAUUUAUGGUUGUGUGUUAUCAUGUUCAUUUUGUCAACUGUGUACUCUUUGGUCACACCAUUUACUCUGACAGCAAUGACCCUGGAGCGCUAUGUAGCCAUUUGCAUGCCCCUGCGUCAUGGCGAUCUGUGCUCAACACACUGCUCGCUGCACUGCAUUCUCCUCAUUCACAGCCUCAGCUCCAUUCACUUCAUUGUUGAUCUCUCCAUCUAUUUUGCAUCCACACCAAUCAAGUUCUACAAACAAUCCAUGACCUGCAACCAUUGGAUCUUUAUUUUGUAUAGAUGGCAGGAUCAUUUACGAAAUGCUAUAAAGGUGCUUUAUUUUUUGUCUAUGUGCAUCAUCAUUGUAUUUUCCUAUGUUAGAAUAAUGAAAGCAGCCAGAGCUGCAUCAGGAGAGGAUAGAAAGUCAACAUGGAAAGGGCUCAAAACAGUCAUUCUUCAUGCUUUCCAGCUGCUGCUUUGUCUCAUCCAGCUGUGGUGUCCAUUGAUAGAAUCGGCUGUCCUUCAAACAAAUGUCAAGGCAUACAUUAAUCUCAGGUACAUUAACUACAUUAUUUUUUAUCUUGCUUCAAGAUGCCUGAGUCCUCUUAUUUAUGGCCUCAGGGAUGAAAAGUUCUUCUGUGCAAUGAAGUCCUACCUUCUCUGUGGCUUUUACAAGAAAAACUUUUUUAUUUGACAUCUGUGAUCUUGAAGAAUGUUUGUAUGAUUUAUAGCCUAUUUAUUAUUUAUUACAUAUGAUGGACAACAACAGUUUAAAUAAUCAUUGCUUCAUUGAAUUUUACAUUAACCCCAUCUGAUUGUGCUUAUAUUGUUGUUCUAUUACAUUGUUAAACAUUUAAUCACAAACUCAUACUGAAUUCAGAGAAUCCACAGCCUCUGGGCUGAAUGAAUGAUCCAUCAUGACAUGCUCUUAAUGUCCUUUGAAAGUCCCUGAUAUUUCCAUGUACCGAUAUAUAUAUUGUAAAAAUGCCUUCAUGAAGUCUGUUUCCAGCUGUGGGUGCAUUGUUAAUCAAUAUGGUAUCUUUUAGUAAUGAUCAUUUGUCUUUAUGUGUACCUUUACCACUGUAUAGCCCUCCAUCUCUUUUAAAACUCACCUUAUUUUCU